AGCUGCGGUCUCGUUUCUUGAGGGGAAGGAGAAAACGGAGCACAGAACGGAACGGAAGUAGAUUGAGUUGGUGAACGGCUCUUACGCGCUUCGUGUGUACGAGGCGGGAGAUCGCUCCAUAAAUGAUGGCUUCGGCUUCUAACAUUGACGUAGACGCCACUCAGCACCUGAGGGACAUUCUGAAGCUGGACCGCCUUGGAGAUCCUGUAAAUGAAAGUACCGGUAGUCGAAAGUCAAGUUCUUUCAAUGGAGAGCUGAAUGGCUUCAUCUGUGAUCCUGUAGCACACCCAGAGGCCACAAGUGUGGAUGGGCCUUUGCUGGACAGUUCUCUCCAGGACGUUGAGAUGCCGUUCUCUGACAAGCAAGUGAUUUGCUUGUCUGGAGGUGACUCUCCUCCCUGCAUUGAGAUUGUUGGGAAAGAUGUCGAAAUUGUGGCCAGUAGUGAUUCUAAUAUUUGUAGCAAAGCAAGAGGAAGCAAUAAGGUGAAAAUACAGCCCGUGGCAAAAUAUGACUGGGAACAGAAGUACUACAAUGGAAAUUUGAUUGCGGUGUCUAAUGACUACCUUGCAUAUGCUACAAGAGGUUCCAAUGGGACAGCUAUGAUAAGAGUCCUCAGCAUCACCACAGCAGAGCGGAUUUUACUAAAAGGGAUUACUGGUAGUGUCACAGACCUGGCGUUUGCUCACCUCAACUCCGACCAGCUGGCAUGUCUGGAUGAAGCAGGAAGCCUCUUUGUAUGGAAACUCACCAUGCAGAAUGGCAAAAUAAUAGACGAAAUUUUUGUUCACAUAAAAAGACCAGACCCAAUUCCGUUAAAUUGUAAUCGACGGAUAAUCUGGUGCCCCUACAUUCCUGACGAGAACGAGGAUAAUUUGUCAGAGGAUUCUAGCCAGACUAUUGCAUUAUUGCAUGAAGAUAUGGCUGAAGUCUGGGAUCUGGACAUCAUCAGAGCAAACCAUAGCUCCUGGCCUACUCUUAUUAGUGAUAUCAAGGAAGGAUACAUAUCUGUGAACGGACAUUCUGGUUGUUUAAGUGAAGGAGCUCUGUCUCCUGAUGGUACAGUUUUGGCAACUGCUAGUCAUGAUGGUUACGUGAAGUUCUGGCAGAUUUAUAUUGAGGGGCAAGAUCAACCAAGGUGUCUCCACGAGUGGAAGCCUCACAAUGGACGGCCUGUGUCUUGUCUGCUGUUCUGCGACAACCAUAAGAAACAAGAUCCCGAUGUUCCCUUUUGGAGGUUUCUCAUCACAGGGGCUGACCAGAACAGACAAAUUAAGAUGUGGUGCACAGUUUCUUGGACGUGCCUACAGACAAUCCGGUUUUCUCCAGACCCAUUCAGCUCGAGUGUCCUGCCAGGAUUAAAAGCUUCUCUAGAUUUAUCUGCAGAGUUUCUCAUACUUACUGAUGUCCACAGAAAAGUUUUAUACGUAAUGGAGUUACAACAGAAUCAAGAAGAUGGAAAGGCUGCUUUUACCUCCAUUUCAGAGUUUUUGCUUACUCACCCCGUUUUGAGUUUUGGAAUCCAGGAUGUGAGCCGUUGCCGUUUUCAACAUACAGAAGUUCUUCCUUCAGAAGUAGAGAGCGACAAUGUCAGUGAAGACGAUAACCUGGAAAUGGAUGAAGAAGACUCAGCGGUUCUUAUAAAGCUCUUUUGUGUACACACCAAGGCUUUGCAGGAUGUUCAGAUCAGAUUUAAACCGCACCAGGGCCCAUCAACAGAAACAGCUGCCCUGUCUUCAAGAGACAGACAUGAUGGUCUUGCUACUCCUGAUCAGAUAAUAGAUCUUGGAACUGAAAUAUGUCCGGUUUCAGAAUCCCAUCAUGAACUUCUGCCCGAUAGUCUAAGAGCCUCCGCGGACUUUCUGUUGAUGCCAACAGACUCGAAACCUAAACUGAUGACUCCUGAUGCUUUCAUGAUGCCCAGUGUUACAGUUCAGCAGAUGGUCUCCACUUCUACAAGCCUUGGUUCACUCACCUCUGUUACUACACUAAAUAAUAUCUCAAGCAGCGAUACGUCUCUCUCCAGGUCUGUUGAUGAACUUACACUCAGUCCAAAGCUAAAAAUGGAGAAUAGCCUAACUGGUUGUAUGAGUGGAUCAAGUAGUGGAAGCUUUCAAGCAUCUUCAAGAACCCCUGCAGUGCUUAUUCCCGGACUGUCUGACUCACUAACACCUAAACCUCUUGUUCAGGUUUCUUCACCUAACCUUCCCAUAGAACUCCAGAGUUUGGAACCCUUGGUGGUACCACAGUCUUCCCCGACUCGUGAACGAUCUCCUGAUGUGAUAUCAAGCGCUUCCACAGUCAUAUCCCAAGAUAUGCCAGAAAUUGCUUCUGAGUCACUGCAAAGAAGUUAUCCGUCAACUAUAUCUGUUGUCCAAGAAGAGAAUUGUGCAUCCAACCAUGCCCCAAGCAUGAGCUCUGCCGCUUCUGCACUUCAGCUUUUAUCGACGCGUAGCCGCAACACAUCCGAGCUUGGACUACGGCCGCUGGAGUUUCCCUCUUCCAUGGCUGAUAGUGAGCUUGUUAGUGCACCAGGUCUAGAAAAUUCAAAGCUUAAGGAUCAGAUGGAGGAAGUUAUUUCCCAGCCGUGGCCAGCAGCACCUGAUAUAACGCGAGAAACCAAUAACAGCUUAAUAGAAAGUGACCGCGAUGAUGAAGUGGCCACAUUUGCAGCCAGCCUAAAUAGUUUUGGAGGAAAGGGACAGAGUCCACGUCUGCUUGUGAAGGACUGGAACACCCAAGGAUCGCCACGUUGUUCCCCAAAACCCUACAAGAAGUGCAUCAAAGAUGACAUAGACCUACCAUUGUCUCCAAAAUUGGCUGAAAACCAUGCGAACUUCGAACAUGGGGAACUGAUGUCUCUUCUGUACAUGCAACAAAGGGAACUUUCAGAGCUGCGUCAAAACCAGAUUGAGCUUAUGCAAAGACUGACUGAUCAUUUGGAUGCAGUUCAGAGCUCUAUCAUGGGCCAUAUGGAACGUGUGACUGAUGCGCAACAGCAGCAAGAACAAAGGAGAUUAGACAGAAUACUAAAUGACGGACAGCAAAGAAGUGGUCAGCUACAAGAGUACCUUUCACAGCAACUUUCCCAUUCUCUUUCUGGUUCACUCUGCAAUAGACUUGACAAAACAGUCCGUGAAGAGUUUAAGAAGUCCAUUCCUCAGUGCAUCAGUAAGAGCUUGGAUCCAGUGACUGCGCAGCUUAGCAGCACAAUUGCAGCAAAACUGACUUCUAUUGAGGGAUCACUAAAGGAAAACAUUUCCAAGAUGGUUAAAUCCAAGAACAUUACAGAUGCUAUAGGCCGAGCAGUUGCUGAUGCACUUCAUGUACCCAUCCAUACAACUUACAGAGAAGCCUUCCAGAACACUGUACUUCCAGCUUUUGAGAAGGGUUGUCAGUCUAUGUUCCAGCAAAUAAACAGCAGUUUCAAGCAAGGCACCCAAGAGUAUAUGCAGCAAUUGGAAACUCAUCUUAAGACAAAAAAAGAAAAUGAACAAGAAAUGAGGGAGCCCCUGGUGACACAACUACAGCAACUACUAGAUUCUCUCCAGACAACGACGGACCAGCUGUCUUCAAGCCUGAGUGGGAAUGUGAGAUCUGAAGUGCAGCAGCAAUUACAUGUAGCUGUAGCAACUAUGCAAGACUCCAUCUUAUCACAGGUUCAAAGAAUCAUCAAAGAAGAAGUGAACCAUGCAAUGAAGGAACAGCAAGCCGCGGUUACCUCCAGCAUUAUGCAUGCCAUGAGAUCUGCUGCAGGGACACCUAUUCCUUCUUCCCAUCUCGACUAUCAGUCUCAACAGACACACAUCAUGCAGCUACUUCAGCAAGGCCACCUUAACCAAGCUUUUCAACAGGCCCUAACAGCUUCAGACCUGAACUUGAUCCUGUACGUCUGUGAGACGGUGGACUCUCAACAAGUCUUUGGUCAACAUCCCUGCCCUCUCACUCAGCCUGUCCUGCUCUCUCUCAUCCAGCAGCUGUCUUUUGACCUUUGUACCCGUACUGAACUCAAACUCAACUACUUAGAAGAAGCAGUAAUGCAUCUUGAUCAUAACGACCCUGUGACAAGAGAUCACAUGGGAAGCAUCGUCGGUCAAGUGCGGCAAAAACUAUUCCAGUUCUUGCAAGUGGAGCCUCACACCUCCUUACAGAAGUCAGCAAGACGACUGAUGAUUAUGCUUCAGGGGAUUGUCCCCUCCAUCAAUUAGACGCAUUCCAACGCUGUACAGGCUCUCAGCAACUGAACUGAUUGUAAACUAGGUGCUUUUGCUUUUUCUCUCUCGCCCUCCCUUCUAUUAUAUGGCUAUUUUUUUAAAUGUUGUUUCAAACUGUGCCUAUGUUCCCCAGCAUACGGGAAGGGGGGGUGUGAGUCCUUGUAAUGGUUGACUGAACAGCCACAUAUCCUUAUCAGUCUUAUUUAAUCAUUGAAUAUGUUUAUUGGGUGAAUUUUAAUUUUUUAUUUUUUUCCCCUUCAUUGUAAAAUUGCGAGAAGGCAUAUUUACAUAUUUGUGUUUUUAGACAAUAUAAAAAAAAUAUAUCUAA